UUCGCUUGACAGUCUAACAGGAAGACCCAGGCGGAAAGUUACAAUAUUACCAGUUUUUAUGUGCGACUGGACGUAUUUUACUUGAUUGAUAAUAAAGACCAAAUAUUGCCAUUUAUUGUAAUUACUUGACUUGCUGUCUGGGAAUCCGGCGUGGGAAAAAAAAUUGCAUUUGGAUGUGUACUUCCGCGUACAAUGUUUUUUUCCACUGACACACGACAACUUUCGAACAGGAAACCUUAUUAGACGUUUUGUCUGUCGUUUUCUCUCUAUCUAGAGGUGCUGUUCCCACCUGUUACGGUAUGGACAGUGAAGAUGCCCACUCUGGGCGGGGUGUGUUUGGGGCCCAUUGCUCUAACCCAGCCAUGAGCAUCAUCGGGGCCGAGGAUGAGGAUUUUGAGAAUGAUCUGAAUGAUGUGGUGGAUGACCAGUGCACAACAUUCAACAGUAUAGAGCAGCUGAAGACACGGCCCACCCACCUGCUGGUCUUCUUGCAGCAUGUUAUCCUACAGUUUGACUGCGCCCCCCUGCUCUGUUACCUCCAUGCCGAUCUCUUCAGGACUCUCAGCACCAAAGAGACCAAGAAGCUCUUUGUGGAGUUCUACACCAACUUCCUGGACAAGGGUGCAAUUCUCAGAGUACAAGUGCCACCUCAUAUAACCUAUGAAUUGGACCGGACCCGUCCAGAUCUGCUCAGUGAGGAUCUCCAGAAGCGAUAUGCCCACGAGGUCCAGUUCCUGCAGGCAUCUGAAGUGGCCAAACAGCUGGAAGAUUUCAGGCAGAAGAGGAUGAUGGGUAUGACACCCAAUGAGGCCGAGCUGAUGGACGUGGAGAGUCACUACCCGACUGACCGCAUCCCAACGGAGAUGAAGGAGAAGUCUGUAGCUGAGAACCUGCUUGACAAAAUGGCUGAGACACAACAGACAAUCGUCUCAGACGAGGAAAAAUGUCAAUCCAUAUUUUCAGCAGUGGCCUUCUACAUGAAGCACCUAGGAGUGAAGACCAGGGCAGUUGACAGUAAGAAGUCCAGAGGAGGCUUCUUCAGGCGACCACUGGGAAAGGCUAAGAAGGAGGAGUCCACCAAGACCAAACCCAGAGGGGGGUUUCCUAGCAUCCACACCUGGAUUGGAGGCUCCGCUGAGGUCAAACCUAAAACGGAAGCUGAAGGAGCGGAAAAGGAGAAAGUGAAUCAGGAGCGCAAGAGCAGUGGUCCAGCUUCCUCCAGAAUCUCCCAGCCCGACCCUGCAGCCCCCUCCUUUCCCAGCAGGAAAUCAGUCUCCGGUGGCGGCUCUGCCUCCGUGCCUGGGUCAGACGCCAGCGAGGGUGUGGGGAUCAAUAUCAGUGCAGCCAACAGCCCGGAGUCUUUGCACAGUGACGGCGUCCCCAGCAGUCGCUCAGACCCUCCACCCCUGCUAGAAGGGGGUGAGGCGUCUCCCACCGGGCUGGGAGCAGGGCUGUCCGUUGGGGAGCCCCUCUCACCCAACGACACUCCCACAGAGGAGAACGUGGAGAAAGAGAGACGGAAGACAAGUAGGAAAGUGGCGCGUAGUGAGAGUGCUCGCGUGGACCGGCACUCCUCUCGGCGCCGCGCCUCUUCCCGAGCCAAACAGUCCCGCUCCCGUAGUGAUGUGGACCUCCAGCCGCCCUCCACCACGACAACCACACCCACCCCGCUCAGCCCCCAGCACCCCCACUUUAUUGAUGGACCAGUCUUAGUUGUGGAGGGCCCUGGCCCCUCCCCCACCAGCCCCUCCCCCCAGCUGGAGGAGAUGGAGCCACGCCUCAUGGAGCUGGAGCAGGACCCACCCAACUGGAGAGAGCUGGCCCCCUCUGACGCCCUGUCGAGCCUCAACAAGAAGGAAACCAAGAGGCAGGAGGUCAUCAAUGAGUUGUUUACAACAGAGCAUGCCCAUGUUCGAAUGCUGAGCGUCCUCCAGACGGUUUUCUCCAAGCCUUUGGAGAGAGAGGAGAUCCUGACCUCCACUGAGCUGGCCACCAUCUUCCCCAGCCUGGACGAGAUCAUAGAUAUGCACUAUGCCUUCUAUGAGAACCUGAAGAAACUACGCGUGGAAGACAAUUUCAUCGUCAAAUCCAUCAGCACCACGCUCCUCAACAGGUUUGAUGGUCCAGAGGGAGAGUGGUUCCAGAAACUGACAGCCCGGUUCUGCAGUCACCAGUCGUGGGCCCUGGACCAGAUCAAGAGCAGGCAGAAGAAAGAGCCACGCUUCAACGCCUUCAUACAGGAAGCGGAGAGUAAACCUCAGUGCCGCAGGCUGCAGCUGAAGGACAUCAUUCCUAUAGAGAUGCAGAGACUCACCAAGUACCCUCUGUUGCUGGAAAAUAUUGCCAAGAGUACAGAGAACCCAGCAGAGAAGGAAAGCAUCCAGCAGAGUGCAGAAUGCUGCAGAAAGAUCCUCAACCAUGUCAACGAAGAGGUCAAAGUGAUGGAGAACCUAUUGACUCUGAAGGACUACCAGCGUAGGUUGGACACAUCGGGGCUCAAACCCAGCAAUGAGCUGUACACUGAAUACAGGAACAUCGACCUGACCCAGAGGAAAAUGAUUUAUGAAGGCCCACUGACUUGGAAAGUCACCAAAGAGAAAGCUAUCGAGGUGCAGUGUGUUUUGCUCGGGGACCUGCUGGUGCUCCUGCAGAGGCAAGACGACAAGAUGGUUCUCAAGUGUCAGAGCAAGAGCAACCUCGUCGUGCAGGAGGGCAAGCAGAUGCUGAGCCCCAUUAUCAAACUGGACUCAGUCUUCUUACGUGAGGUGGCCACAGAUCGGAAGGCCUUCUAUGUGAUCUUCACCUGGGACAGCGGUGCUCAGAUCUAUGAACUGGUGGCUCAGUCUGUUGGAGAGAGGAAGACAUGGACUGAGGUGAUAAAGACAGCAGUAGAUGAUUUGAAGCGAAGUGGAGCUCCCAUGAAGUUGGUGCUGCCUCCUGGGGGUGGAGGAGCCCCGUUCAGUCCCUCAGCGCUGAAUCCCCCUUUGAGUCCCACGGAAAAUGGAGGAUUGAAAAGCAGUAGUGAUCGAGAUAAGGACAGCCUAACGGAUGACAAGUCCACAGACCCCCGGCACUCUCUGAUUGAUUUCCUGUCAGACAAAGGUUUCGACCUGAUAGGCCACUCUAACUGCGAUCAGGAGAAAGUAGCCAAUAAUGCACUGGAUGAAGUCAAGUCGCUGAAAAGGCUGCUGGUUGGCAGCAUCAGCCUAUCAGAAGACUUGCUGCCAGAUGAGGAGAACGGAGGGGAGCGAGCAGAAAGGCCGGGCCAAGACACGGAUAGCUGUCAGUCAACAGAGGAAAGUCAGGCCACAGAUGGAGGAGUGGAAGGAGAGGAUAACGGAGACGGAAUAAACGGGGGAGGGUCAAAAGGAGAGGAUGAGAGGGGCAUCAGCGCUCCCUUGCGGUUGUCCCAAGAGAGGAUGGAGGAGGUGUAUAGGAGACUCCAAAAUCUGCAGGAAUACCUGAAGAGACUACAGACUGUUGAGGAGGAGCACCACAGGCUGCAGGAGGCCCUUUCCAAGUUUUCGCUGGAGGGGGGCAACUUCUAGUGAGACACUAGCACGCCACCUGCUGGCCACUAGAUUAUUACAGGGGCUAGAUUGGAGUGCAAGAGUGACUUUCAGAGGAUUGCCUGGAAAUCCCUCAACACUUGUAUUGUGCCUGGACCCUUGUUGAGUCACAGUUGGUUGUAGCCAACCAGGACAUUUCUGCAAGGCAGAGGGGGCUGGCUUCGUGCUCAGUGCAGUGGUUCAGUGAUGGAACAUGCGAGGAACAUGCAAGAUGUGUGUAUGUGUAUGUGUGUGUGUUUGUGUGCAUGUCCGGUAGAGAGGUAGACAAAGAAGUAAUGAGAGCAAUCCCGCACUUGUGUGGGAGGUGGUUUUUUGCAAACAGGUGCCAAAAAAUGGAGCAAUAUUUUGCUGUGAGAGAGGCUUCCUAACAAAAUGUGGUGAUUUUAAUCUGCUGUAACACACAUACGCACACCAGUGGCAUUUGAAAACCUAUUUACAUCAUCGGCAACAGCGCAUACAUUGUAAAGGACAAAUCCCCUGUAUGCAUGCCAAAGUCAGUUAUACCAGUUUGAAGCCUUUAGAGGGCAAUGUAGCAUUUUAACUUGUAUUGAAAUACUGAUUCUGAUAUUCCAGUGUAUGCCAAAGUACAACAGCAAUGCACUUUUUUCUGAUCAAAUCCAAUUGGACUCACACAAAUUUUCAACACAGACUUUGCAAUAUUUAUUACUUUUAUUCUAGUUUUUAGAAAUGAUGUAAUUGUGCUUUAUAUAGCCAUCCCUUAUCAUUGAAAGGAUGCAUACAAGUAAGUGUGUGUAUGUGUGUUACAGUGUGUUUAAAUAAGAAAGGCUUUGUUAUGGAGUUAUCUUACUGUAAUUAUAUAUAUAUAUAUAUAUAUAUAUAUAUAUAUAUAUAUAACCAUGCUGUUGGUGAUAGAGACUUGUUUGUAUUUCCUGCUUUUAUUUAUUCCUUCAUGUCGAUAAGCUGCCUCAUCGGAGUGAAACUGUUAUAGCGCUGGGCCAAAAGGAUAGAGCGACAUGAGAGAGAGCAGAGAGAAGGCAGACCUAGAAUGUUUAAUAGAGCUAGACAGUGAUAAAGAGUGGUGUGAGGGGGAGGAAGUGUGAGGCGAGGAAGAAGCCAGUGUUGCUUUGGUUUAUUUGAAACCAGCUUGAAGUGUAUAGAAUUAGGGGGAUCAUGGAAAGAUGUGUCGAGAAGUUGAGAUCCGGAUUUGCACUCACUGUACUGUAGAUAAUGAAGACACAAGUCAGUGACUCAGUGAUACACACACACAAACACAAACACACACACGUACAUAUGUGCACACACAAACACCCACCAAGGGCCCAGAGCUACUGCAGUGUUCACAAAGGAAGGCAUGCGGUCCCGGCAUUAUCUCUGCCAGCCUGUGUGAUUGUAAUGUCUGCAGUGUCAAGUUCCCCCGAACAGGAAGGCUCAAGCCACAACAUGGAGUUAAGAUGGGGUUACAGUUUGUACAAUAUGCUGUUAGAUAUGUUAUUAGUCAAAGAGUAUUUUCUUCACUGGUAGCAAUAUAUGUAUCAAAAUUGGACUUUCUCUUUGUAUGUUAUUCAGAAGUUGAUUGUAAUUAUAAUUAUGAUAAUGAAAGAAUUUCUGAGUAGUGGCAUUGAGCUGUGACCAUGCACACAGGACCAAAGACAUAACUAAGUACCGUUAAAUCCUCAUACCUAGCUGUUCUGUUCAUAUGACAAGCCUGUGUAUAUUAGUAUGUCACCUAAUGCUGAUUUGAGAGGCAUGGCUCACUAGUGCAGCCUGCAUUUAGUAGCCUUGACCGGCUGCUUUUCCUAUCGCCAAAUUCCAACAUGUGCCAUGGGUUUCCAGUCACCCAGCAGACAGACACAUGGGUUAUCACUGAAAAAAUAUCCGCUUUCAGUACUGUACCAAGGGGUAUGAAUGUAAAGGCGAAGAAUAAGAUGAAGAAUAUUAGACAUUGUGUUUAGAGAUACUGCCCUAACCUGAUGACCAACUUAGCCCCAAAACGAGUCUGCAGACCCUUUGUUUUCCUGCAUAAAAUGUAGGAAAGGGGAAAAAAAAACAUCUCACCUUUAUCACCACAGAAAAUGAAAGGACUGUCCACAGGAUCUGAUUGGGUCUGUGAAAGACCAAGCCAGUGUGACUGCAACAAGCUGCACUGUACUGAACUGGGUAGAGGCCCGGUCACCUGACACCUCUGGCUAAAAAAAAAAAAAUGGAUGAGACUUGUUUGAGAAACAGAAAAAAAAAGGAAAGGGCGUCAACACCGUAGAGUCAGAAAAGGGACACCGAGGAAACAAAGAUUUGGAGGCAGGGAAAGUGCAGACUCGUUCAGACGUCACUCUCACCAGUACUGUAAUUGCAGUAAUUACCAUUACUUCCUAAUAUGCAUUCUCUUCGUGUUGGGCACAGCAACAAAAAAGCCCCUUUGACCCUGCUAAACCUCAGUAUGAAAUUAUGCAAAUCGUGGUGCCAUUAGCUGCUUGAGUGUCAGAGGUUACUAAAUGUUACGAGUUUAUGUUUGAACAUUGCUGCCUCGUUUCUGUCAUCUUUCUAAUUUUUUCUCCUCUCCAGUCCCGGUCACUUUGGCUUCCUUUUUUUUAUUACAUCCUGUCUUCCUCUUAAAAAAAUGUAUAUAAAUGUUAGCUUGUAGGAUAUGAAUUAGUCGUGAGAGGGUGAGCAACCUGUAUAGCUAAAGUCCCUCUCCCUUUGUCUUAAUGUGUGUUUAGUAAGUGUAUUAGGUACAUACACAUCUUGAUCACACUCUCACCUCUUACGAUAGUAUGAUCACCUUUCCUACCGCACACUUUUAAAGUAUGUUAUGUAUUUCAUUUUGCUUUAACCAGCCCGGGAGGUUUUUGUUAUCACUGCUUAUUUGUUUGUAUGUUUGUGUGUGUGUGUGUUUUUUUUUUUUUUUUUUUUUUCAAAGGAGCUUAUGUAAUUAUGUACUAUGCAUUUGCCAAUAAUGGGGAGAGAGAAAAGACUUGUCUGUAAACUGUUUAUGCAUGAAAGAUUUGGACUUCACAGAUAUUGCAAUCAUAGCAUAUUCAGGCAUUUGCAAGUUUGAAUGCCAGCUCAUUGUAUAUUGUGGCCACACAGCCUGCCAGUGGGAUACGGUUAAAGAGAUAAUCUCAACCAGGGAUUUUUUUCACCACUGAAGUGCAGCGAUCAGCAGGUGAAACCCAGUUAACACCAGCUUACAUUAAUACCUCCGCUCUUCGACCACAGCACUGGGCAAACGACUACUACAGACACUUCUAUCUCUCUCCUUCAGUCGCUUUUCCUUCGUGUAUCCCAUAUACAAAUACAUAGAUGUAUAGAAAAUGUAUUUAUAGAGUGGUGCCUUGUUUUGACGAUCAAGCUGUUUUCUUCAUAAAGGGCUCUCAAUAAGUCUACAGACACAAGCACUGUUUUUUUGGUGGGUUGCCAUUCAUGGAUGUCCAUGAAAAUGAUCUAAAAGAGCGAAGGCCAGCGGGUAAAUGACCAAUAUGGAUUGAAAGACUGUCCCAGGGUUCUGAUUGGUUGGUUUCAGGGUUGGGGUCUUUUGUAGGGUGACUUAACUCCACCCCUGUCGACCCUCUCUCAGGGGUAGCCUUCAGUCUCUGUGUUUGUGUCUAUUUCUAUAACGGCAAUAGGAUAUGAGCCCUCACCAUGUUUUACUCCACCAGUCAGCGCUCUGUAUAGAAAAGGCACUGGUCUUUGUCAUUCAGGCAUCUGCCAUAUUGUCUAUCUAUAAACAAUGAAUAUGCAAGAACUAUACUGUGUAUUUGGGUUUUGAUUUUACUGUUUAAGAGGGUUUUUAAUUAUGUAUACUUAAGAAAAAAAUGUGGUACGUUCUUUUUUUAAUUGAGUUUUUUUUUUUUUUUUU